CGCGUGCAUAACUUAGCAUCCAGUAGCAACGGAUGAGCGAGAUGUAUGAUUCGGAAAACGAUCGUGUCCAUGGUAGUUGAAAGAGUUAAGUAAGAAGAUAUGGCAGCUGGGUGUUGUGGAACGAAGAAGCAAAAGUUGAAUGAUUCCUCAAGUGUUCCGCGUAAUAAUAUCGUAAGUUUACAAAAUGGUAUUCAUAUGCGGAACUCUAUAAUAGUUCAACCUGAGAUGGGCUUUUAUUGUUUCGAUGUCCUUUACUGCCAAUUGCACCAACUUGAUCCACCAAAACCACCCAACUUCAGCAACGAAGCAUUCCCAUUAUUUGUAACAUGGACUAUUGGCAAAGAUAUGAGAUUACGAGGCUGCAUUGGUACAUUUAAUGCAAUGCAUUUACAUGCAGGAUUACGAGAAUAUGCUACCACUAGUGCUUUCAAGGAUUCAAGAUUUAAUCCAAUAACAUUGGAAGAACUUCCACGUUUACAUGUUAGUGUUUCUAUACUUCGGCACUUUGAAGAUGGAACAGAUUACUUAGAUUGGGUGGUAGGAGUCCAUGGAAUUCGCAUAGAAUUUCAUAAUGAAAAGGGGAAUAAACGAACUGCUACAUAUUUACCAGAUGUAGCAAUAGAACAAGGAUGGAACCAGAUUCAAACAAUAGACUCCCUACUACAUAAAGGUGGCUACAAGGGAUUAGUCACACCGGAUAUUAGGCGUAGUCUGAAGCUAACUAGGUACCAGAGUGAGAAAGUGACUGUAAGUUAUCAGGACUAUAUGACACGUUGGUAUAGUCGAAGAUGCUAGCAACUGCCUAGGGGUCCUAUUCAAGGGCCCCCCCCUUUGCCAAAUAUCUGGCAACAUUUGUUGUCAAAAUACAUAUACAUUUAAUUAUUGUUUGCAAUAUGUUAAUAAUCAAUAUCAUAAUAUAAUGGCCAGUCAGCGAUCAUUCAUUAUGAUAAAACCUAAUCACUUUUCAUUUAUACAAGCAUAUAUUACAUAUAUUAGUUUUCAGGCCAUAUUAUGUAUACAAAACUGUCCUAUAUUUUCAGGGAAUUUUGUAGAAUUUUUCUUUUUGUUAAUAUAUUAUCAUUAUAAAAAGUGUCUUCCUCUACAAAACCUUAGAUUAUACUAUGCAAAAAGAAAAAUAACAUUAGCAAUAGUACAACACAAUUUCUUACCAUUUGUAGUGGUGCCUAUUAUAUUUUCUGUGUUUCAUCUUUAUCUCCUUUAUAAUGAAAUAUGUUUGUUAAUAAAGAUAUUAAACCCUAGGGCACAGUGGCGCUAUUUUUUCAGAAUUAUUACUUUCAACUGAAAUGUUAAACACAACUAAAAUUAUAUUCUGUUUCAGUUUAAACAUUCUCAGAAAUUUUCGAACGAUUUCGAGUUCUUUAUGAAUAUAAUUGUACUAAAUAUCUUUAUUUACAAAUUAAUAUUGUUUAUUUAUCUUUCUUUCAAUAAAUUUUUAUUGUUUAACUUU